AUGUCUAGUGGUACGCCGCCUCUAUCGCGUGGUCGAGGGCGUGGCCACGGUCGUGGCCUAGUACUGCCACCAGUACCGUCAGAUUUUUCUCAGGUUGGGGAAGUAUCCUCUCGACUACCCACACCACCUCAUACGCCGGCACCUUCUCCCUCCCGCAGACUCCAUAUGAUGCUGGUACAUUUGGAGCUGCAUGCACGGCUCUGGACGACACAUUACAAUAGCUUGCCACAUCGGUGGCUGCUCCACCACCACCAUCAAUCUCCCCACCAUCAUUGCGUCAGUACAUUAGUCUCGAUGGCGAUGCAAGUUUGACCGACGGUUUCACGAGCGGAUCAAUGUGGUCGUGCACGGACAUUUCUUCCACCCAUGCCUGUGUCUGAGAUGACCUACUGGUGGGACUGUGACGAUGAGUUAAUGUUCUCGGUCUUCCACAUGUGGGCUGAAAAGUACAUCAGGAAGACCUUCUCCAUCGCCCGGUCCAUCUUGGUCAGGCCCUAUGGCUGGUCAACGAGGUCUGACUCCAGUUCUAAGCGUAUAGGGCCAGCAAGGACUUCUAGCAGGAGUCCUCAAAGAAUAAGGCGAAUCGGGUGGCGAACUCGACUGUUUAUCGGGGGGAGGGGGCUUCGUCAGUCGGCAAGCACAAAAAGAAGUCGGAGACGGAGCUCGGUCGACCACCCCAAGCAGAUGGAAUUAUUUGAGCGCUGCUACAAGAAGAAAGAGAAUGACAGCUGGAGCGGGCCGAUGGUGGUGGAGGUGGCGACGUUCCAAAAGAUGCUGGAGGAUCGUCAGCCCCAGCUCAUGGCCGACGACCUCAGUGCCCUCGCAAAGUCCGAGGUUUCGAUGGCGAUGACAGAGCAACAGAUGUGGCUGGCUACAAUCGAGGGCAAGAACAAGGGUCGAGUAUUUGGUCUUGGUUCUGAGGCCCACGUCUCCAGCCGCACAUUCACAUCGCCAUCACCACUGCACUUUCAAACCCAGCCAUGGAGGACCGCAUCGACUGUCUCGAGAUGAUAAUGGCUGAUAUGAUGGACAUGAUGCGGGAUAUGCAGGUCUCUUCAUCGACACGAUGUGGGAGAUGCGGGCAUCUUUUUAUAAAUUUUCGUGGAUAGCAUGUGGUUCAUGCUAGUUUAUCUAUGAAGGGAAGUAAGUUUGAAAAAGAAACGGAAUAAAUAUAAAAGAUUUUAGUGAGAAAAUUUUGAUACUGAAACUUGAUUAUCAAAAUGAGCUCCUACCCAAUAUAUAACCUUUGACUUCUCAAAAGAAUGAUGAAGAUUAAGCUUAAUGGAACAUUUAGGAACUCUAAAACACUCUUUUAAAAAUAUUUUUGAAUGCUAUAAAUACUCCAAAACAGAAAAAGCUUUAUUGGAACGGCUAACAUUUGUCCCAAUAUUUCUUUCGAAUUGGGACAAUUUUGGGACAACUUAGGACGAAACGUCUUGCUCUAGCACUCUUCUGCCCGUGAACCAUUCCAGCUACCGUCGGCUUUCUUUUUGUAGCAGGCAGCAAAAACCUCCAUUCACUGAGGUGGACGGCCGAGCUGAGCCUCCUGCAGAGAUAUUUAAAAUAUCAGAAAUUUAUAAAUAUUUAUUGUUGAAAAUAAUUGAACUGAAAUAGAUCAAAUUUACUUACUAAUUUCUCUUGCGGGUUCGAGGUAUUGACAUCAGAUGUCGCUCACCCAUAGAUCAAAGACCACAGAGCAUCAACAUCAGUGCCACCUCGCCGCUAGAACCUCCCGCCUCAACACAGCUUCAGGAAAUCAAACUUAUAUUGGGCAUGCUCUUUGACAAGAUGGGGAUCCCGAUGUUGUGCCCUGAUCAGCCACCAGCUGCUGAUGUCCCAGCUGAGGAGUCCACGCAACAGCAGGACAAAGAAGCUGCAGACCCUCAACCAACCGACCAGCAUUCGCCCUAGUUGUUAGAUUAGGGUUUAAAUUUUAAUACUUUUGUUUUGAAAUUCAAAUUGUGAACUAU